GAGCCCGGGGCGCAGCAUCCUGGCGCCCGCUUCGGCCGCAGCCGCCACUGCCGUCGGGGAAGGUCCCAGCGCGGACAUGGCCUUGCGCGGCGCCCGCCCGGGCCCGAGCACCUCGCGCCCCGUGCAGUAGCCCCGGCGAAGAGGCGGCCUCGACGGCUCAGACGGCCGGCCGGGCGGCAUGGAGGCAGCGCACCUGCUCCCGGCCGCCGACGUGCUGCGCCACUUCUCGGUGACAGCGGAGGGCGGCCUCAGCCCGGCGCAGGUGACCAGCGCGCGGGAGCGCUAUGGCCCCAACGAGCUCCCAACUGAGGAAGGGAAGUCCCUGUGGGCACUGGUGCUGGAGCAAUUUGAGGACCUGCUGGUGCGCAUCCUGCUGCUCGCCGCUCUGGUCUCCUUUGUCCUGGCCUGUUUCGAGGAGGGUGAGGAGACUACAACAGCCUUUGUGGAGCCACUGGUCAUCAUGCUGAUCCUUGUGGCCAAUGCCAUCGUGGGCGUGUGGCAGGAGCGUAAUGCUGAGAGCGCCAUCGAGGCCCUGAAGGAGUAUGAGCCCGAGAUGGGCAAGGUGCUGCGGGCCGACCGGAAGGGUGUGCAGAGGAUCCGUGCUCGCGACAUUGUGCCUGGGGACGUGGUAGAAGUGGCUGUGGGAGACAAAGUGCCGGCUGACCUCCGCCUUAUCGAGAUCAAAUCCACCACGCUGCGUGUAGAUCAGUCCAUCCUGACCGGAGAAUCCGUGUCCGUGACCAAGCACACAGAUGCCAUUGCAGACCCCAGAGCUGUGAACCAGGACAAGAAGAACAUGCUGUUUUCUGGUACCAACAUCGCAUCCGGCAAGGCAGUGGGCGUGGCUGUGGCCACAGGGCUGCACACGGAGCUGGGCAAGAUCCGGAGCCAGAUGGCAUCGGUGGAGCCUGAGCGGACACCACUGCAGCGCAAGCUGGACGAGUUCGGGCGGCAGUUGUCGCGCGCCAUCUCCCUCAUCUGCGUGGCUGUGUGGGUCAUCAACAUUGGCCACUUUGCCGACCCAGCCCACGGUGGCUCCUGGCUCCGUGGCGCCAUCUACUACUUCAAAAUCGCCGUGGCCUUGGCUGUGGCCGCCAUCCCCGAGGGUCUCCCAGCCGUCAUUACCACGUGCCUGGCGCUGGGCACACGGCGCAUGGCACGCAAGAAUGCUAUUGUGCGGAGCCUGCCGUCUGUGGAGACCCUGGGCUGCACCUCAGUCAUCUGCUCCGACAAGACGGGCACCCUUACCACCAAUCAAAUGUCUGUCUGCCGGAUGUUCGUGGUAGCCGAGGCUGACGCAGGCUCCUGCCAUCUGCAUGAAUUCACCAUCUCCGGCACCACGUAUACUCCCGAAGGCGAAGUGCGGCAGGGGGCGCUGCCAGUGCGCUGUGGCCAGUUCGACGGACUGGUGGAGCUCGCCACCAUCUGCGCGCUGUGCAAUGACUCGGCCCUGGACUAUAACGAGGCCAAAGGCGUAUACGAGAAGGUGGGAGAAGCCACGGAGACAGCCCUGACCUGCCUGGUGGAGAAGAUGAACGUGUUCGACACAGACCUACAGGGCUUGUCCCGUGUGGAGCGAGCCGGCGCCUGCAAUGCGGUCAUCAAACAGCUGAUGCGGAAGGAGUUCACCCUCGAGUUCUCUCGAGACCGGAAGUCCAUGUCCGUGUACUGCACACCCACCCGGACCGACCCCAAGGCCCAGGGCAGCAAGAUGUUUGUGAAGGGGGCUCCUGAGAGCGUGAUUGAGCGCUGCAGCUCAGUCCGGGUUGGGGGUCGCUCUGUGCCCCUGGGUCCCACCGUCCGGGAGCAGAUCCUAGCCAAGAUCCGUGACUGGGGCUCGGGUUCUGACACACUGCGCUGCCUGGCGCUGGCCACCCGGGACAUGCCCCCGAAGAAGGAGGACAUGCAACUGGACGACAGCAGCAAGUUUGCCCAGUACGAGACAGAUCUGACCUUCGUGGGCUGCGUGGGCAUGCUGGACCCGCCGCGUCCGGAGGUGGCUGCCUGUAUCGCACGCUGCCGUCGGGCGGGCAUCCGCGUGGUCAUGAUCACGGGGGACAACAAAGGCACAGCCGUGGCCAUCUGCCGCCGGCUCGGCAUCUUUGAGGACUCAGAGGACGUGGUGGGCAAGGCCUAUACAGGGCGCGAAUUCGACGACCUCAACCUGGAGCAACAGCGCCAGGCCUGCCGCACAGCCCGCUGCUUCGCCCGCGUGGAGCCUGCACACAAGUCCCGCAUCGUGGAGAACCUGCAGUCCUUUAACGAGGUCACCGCCAUGACGGGCGAUGGCGUGAACGAUGCACCAGCCCUGAAGAAGGCAGAGAUUGGCAUCGCCAUGGGCUCGGGCACCGCUGUGGCCAAGUCAGCCGCUGAAAUGGUGCUAUCCGAUGACAACUUCGCCUCGAUCGUGGCCGCGGUGGAGGAAGGCCGCGCCAUCUACAGCAACAUGAAGCAGUUCAUCCGCUACCUCAUCUCCUCCAACGUGGGCGAGGUGGUCUGCAUCUUCCUCACGGCAAUUCUGGGCCUGCCCGAAGCCCUGAUCCCCGUGCAGCUGCUCUGGGUGAACCUGGUGACGGAUGGGCUCCCUGCCACAGCCCUGGGCUUCAACCCGCCCGACCUGGACAUCAUGGAGAAGCUGCCCCGGAACCCCCAUGAGGCCCUUAUUAGCGGCUGGCUCUUAUUCCGAUACCUGGCCAUUGGAGUGUACGUGGGCUUGGCCACGGUGGCUGCCGCCACCUGGUGGUUUGUGUAUGACGCCGAGGGACCUCAGGUCACCUUCUACCAGCUGAGACACUUCCUCAAGUGCUCCGAGGACAACCCGCUCUUCGCCGGCAUUGACUGUGAAGUCUUCGAGUCCCGCUUCCCCACCACCAUGGCCCUGUCUGUGCUCGUGACCAUUGAAAUGUGUAACGCCCUCAACAGCGUCUCGGAGAAUCAGUCCCUGCUGCGGAUGCCACCCUGGCUGAACCCAUGGCUGCUGGCGGCUGUGGCCAUGUCCAUGGCCCUGCACUUCCUCAUUCUGCUUGUGCCGCCUCUGCCUCUCAUCUUCCAGGUGACCCCGCUGAAUGGACGCCAGUGGGUGGUGGUGCUGCAGAUCUCUCUGCCCGUCAUCCUCCUGGAUGAGGCCCUCAAGUACCUGUCCCGGGACCAUGUGGAUGACAAGAACCGGAAGUGAGUGCUGGGAGUGGAGUGGAGUUUGCUGUGCGUGCCUCCAACGGACAGACGGGGCCCAAGCCUUCGCCCCACCCACUGCCACCCCUGCCCUCCCCCACCCCACAUGUCCAUGCACCUGUGAGACGGACACACAACAGGCCUGAGGCCAGAACAGCCACUCCCUGACCUGCCUUGGGGUCUGUGUCCCCGCUGCCAGCUGUCCCUGGGGGGCUGUGUCUUUCCCAGCUGUGUACAGUCCCCACCUCAAGUUACAAGGGUGCUGCCGAGAAGCCAGUGCCCCCGCCACCCACCGUGGAGUCCACAGAGCACAUCCGGGAGCCCGGGCGUUUCCUUGGUGACUGAUGCCUCUGACCUGUCCCUUGGGCCUGGGCCGGGGGGAAGGGCAUCCUCCACACCACCCGGCCUGCCUCCCCCAAGUCUGCCAGUCUGUUUCUGCGUGCACAGGCCCCAGAGGGGGCUGAAGACUAUGUGGGAGGGGCUGGGCGGGGACCCCUGCCUCACCUCUGUCUACUGCCUAUACCCAGGUUUCCUGUCCUGGGCAUCAAGUCCUAGGACUGUGUGGUCUGCUGGGCAGAAGUGGGGUCUGCCACCCACACCCUUAGUGCCUGAGAUCCACACACACCGGUGCCCGACCCCGUGCCCUCUGCUUGUCCAGCUGGGGACCUCUGAGUCUCCCAGACUCCACACUGUUGGCCUAUCCUCCUCCUCCUCCCCCUGCCUGCCCCCAUGAACUGAGAGGUUGUUUCCUAGGAUGGCUGGCUUCUGUGGGAAGCAUAUCAGAUGGUAGGGAGAUGACGCGUGUGUGGGCAGAAUUGUUCUCUUAGCUCAGCUUCUGCUCCUUUGACAUAAAAAAAAAAAAAAAAAAAAAGCUCGGCGUAGCUGCAGCAAGUUUCUGAUGGUGCGUGUGUAUCCGCCCCAGAGUGCACACAGGAGAUUGUUUGAUAUGUCAGUCAAGACACCCAGUCUGCUCUGUAGGGAUGCACCCUUUGGUCUGCGGUCAGCGGGGCUGCACAUCCUGAGACCUCUCCUGGCCCACCUCCCUUGCCGCGUACAGAUUCCAAGGAGUGGAGGCGUUGGGAGAAGCAGAGGCCAGGAGGUGGGUCUCUGCAGGACCCUGCAGUCCCCUGGCCUAUCAUGUGGUGGAGCAAUAAAGGUUGUGUGCCUGGGGCA